ACUAACCGUGCUCGUAUCAUGAUCAUAAUGGUGUUGCCUCGAGUCUUAGUCUUCUUGGUGGUGGUGUCGGUGAUCCUCCUGAGUAAAGUAGAAGCAACGACAACGGCACCAACAGGUGUAGGUUCAAUAUGCAAAUUCCAAGUCGAUGUUGCCUUCCUCCUCGAUGGCUCUGGUAGCGUAACGGAUAAGGACUUCCUCAUAAUGUUAAAUUUCGUUGAAAAGGUUGUAACGAAAUACACAAUCGGACAAGAUGCUGCGCUUAUUGCCGCUGUGCUGUUUUCCACUCGGUCCACAGUCAAGUUCGAUUUCACCAACUACACAACGAAAAAUGACCUACUGAAAGCUAUUAAGGGUAUUAGACAUCCAGGCGGAUCGACGGCCAUAGACCUCGGCCUAAGAGACAUUCGAACAAAGAUCUUCACAGCAACUGGCGGUCACCGCGCUGGAAUACCACAAGUUCUUGUAGUCAUGACCGACGGGAGAGCAAAUUCACGUCUACAUUUGAAGGCUGAGGCAGAUCUGGUGAAGGCGCAAGGCAUCGACGUGUUCGCUUUUGGGAUCGGUAACCGUACCGAUGAUGUACUACUGCAGGAGAUUGCCUCGGAUUCUUCAAAAGUCUUCAGAGUGCACAACUUCAAACUGUUGGUCAACUUCAUCGGAACCCUUGCUCAGAAAAUUUGCAGUGAAGCAAUGACGACCCCUAAAACCACGCCAGCACGGGCUGGUCCAGCAUGUUCAUAUACAUUUGAGAACGGCAUUUGCAGAGGUCACGAUAUAUGGUCGAGUAAAGUGAGUUUCGUUCAGUGUAGGGACACAUGCAACAGACGAGCCGACUGCAAGUCAUUCCAAUAUCGCAAGCCGACUUGUUGGCUGAAGAACUUCGUGUGUUCUAAAUCUCAACUGAUGAAUGUUGGUCAUACGGGCUUUGCGCAGUACACAAGUUACAGACUGAGGUUAAAUAGCGUGAAUUAGCCGAUGGUGACAUGU